ACACACAGGCACACACCAUCAGAGCCAGGUUUAUUUUGUUCAAAACCGGCAGUAUUCUUCUUUAUUUCCAACUAUUUGGAUUCAAUCCUCGUUAUUAUGAAUCAUCAACAUUUCGAUUAAUGAGAAUUUCGCCUUGAAAAUAAAAUCAUCAUCGUCCGGAAAUGCCAUUAUUUUCAUCAAAAUUUUCAUUUAAAAAAUCUCGAUCACGACGAUUAUCGAGAACAACAAUCAAUGAAAAUAAUCAAAAUUCAAAUAAUAAUGAUGACGUAAGUGAUGAAUCGAUUUCUUCCAAUGAUGACGACGAUGAUGAUGAAAUAAAACAACAAAAUAAAUCGGAUAAAACGAAAUCAAAAAAUACUGAAAUUAUUGAAUUAACCAAAAGUAUUAAGAAUAAUAAACAAAAGAAGAAACAGUUAAACGAUUCCAUCAUAUCGAAGCCAAUUGAUAUAUCAUCGCCAAAAACCAAACAACAAAAACAAAAUCGAGCACAAUUAGAACAGGGAAAUGAUGAUGAUGAUGAUGAACGUAAAAUGAUAUUGAUUAUCGAUUCAAAUCAUCGAUUAAGUUUUGAUCAUCAUAAUGGUAUAUGGAAUGAUAUGACAACCAAAUACAAUAUCGAUAAUGAUAAUAAUAAUAAUAAUAACCAUUCAUCAAAUUCAAAUGAUGAUAAUAAUAAUUCACAACAAAAAAUCAAUAAUUUAUUACAAACAAUCGAAACAUUAAAAGAAGAAAAUCGAUUAUUAAAAUUAAAAAUUGAAAUACUAAUCGAAAUGGUUACCGAAACGACAGCCGAAUUAAAUCUUAAUAAUAAUCAAAAUAUU